GUUACUCGUAAGAUCCUGUGCCGUCACGUGCUGUGAAACAAGUGCCGACCUGGAUAUGUCCUGUCGCAAGUUCGUCGUCCCAACAGGGCGACAUCCGUUGAUCCUUCUGGUGGUGUCUGUGAGUGCUUGAAACGCGGCGGUAAAUUGGACCUAGCUGAGGACCACGUCCAGUCUACCCCUACCGCAUGAUGUCGCUUCUCAGUGUCACAGUGAAAAAGGCUCAUUUCGUGGGAGCACAAGCGCCACAAUUCAACACAUACGUUACGUUGAAACUACAAAACGUCAAAUCAACAACUGUAACUGUCAAAGGAGCGACACCAUGCUGGGAGCAGGAUUUUCUUUUCGAAACCAACGACUUGAACACAGGUCUGCUCAUCGAAGUUUGGAGCAAGGGGAUGCUGUGGGAUCGCGCCAUGGGUUACCAUUACAUCCCUCUGCAAAGCGUACAUUAUUCCAACGAGGAGAGCAGCGGCCAAUGGCUGCCAUUAGAGGCAGACCUUCUGAUGAGCGAUGGGGAGGUGAUUGGCACGGAAAAUCCAACUGGGCACUCGCUGCUGGUAGACUGCAGGUUCGAGCUUCCCUUCGAUCCCGAAAAUAUAGAAGCGUCCGAACUUCAGAGGAAACUGGAGAUGCUGAACAACAUAAUGGAUCAAGAACAGAGAGCGGAGCAAGCGAGACGGCAGAUGCAGUUCGUCGGACAUUCGGGUUACUCAGAAGAUAGCGAUUACACGUCGGAUUUGAAUUAUCCCGUAGGUCAGCACGCGAACUCGUCCGCGUCUCAGUUUCGGACGGCUGCGCACCAGCUGAGCACGCCGCAGCGGUCGUUCGAAACUUCGCGGGAA